AUGAAUUUGAUUUUUGGAAUGAUCUUCCUUUCCCUGCUUGUCAUUGGAUCCCUGGGGAACUGCACACUGCUACACCAUUAUGCUUUCCUUUAUUUCCGUGGAUGUAGAUUAAGGUCCACAGAUGUGAUCCUCAGACAGCUGACCAUAGCCAACCUCUUACUCAUUCUCUGCAGAGGAAUCCUGGAGGUCAUGUCAGAUUUUGGAUUGAAACACUUCCUCAAUGAUGCUGGAUGCAAACUCGCUUUCUAUGUUCACAGGGUGGCUAGAGGUGUGUCUCUCAGCACCACCUGCCUGCUGAGUGUCUUCCAGGCCAUCACCAUCAGCCCCUGGAACUCCAGGUGGGCAGAGCUGAAAGGGAAGGUCCUGAAGCACAUUGGUCCCUUUAACAUUUUCUGCUGGGUCCUGCACAUGUUUCUAAACAUCAGAAUUCCCAUGCUUAUGACCGCCCAAAGGAAAAAGGAAAACAUGACAAAAGCUAUGGAUUUUCAGUACUGCUCAACUAGGUCUCAUGACAAAGAUCCAGGCUUAGUGUUUGCAGCAUUAAUAUUUUCCCAUGAUAUUUUGUGUUUGGAGCUCAUGAUCUGGGCCAGUGGCUCCAUGGUUUUCAUUCUGUACAAGCACAAGCAGCGGGUCCACCAUAUCCAGAGACACAAUAUCUCCUCUAGAUCUUCCCCUGAGACCAGAGCCUCUCAAAGUAUUCUUGCCCUAGUGAGUGCCUUUGUAUCUUUCUAUACUCUGUCUUCUGUUGCUCAAAUUUUGUUCUCUCUUUAUGGUAAUGUUACUUGGUGGCUGAUCAAAACAUCUGCCUUAAUCAAUACUUGUUUCCCCACUGUGAGCCCCUUUAUUCUCAUAAAUCGUGAACGUUCUGUAUCCUGGCUCACCUCAAAGAAGUGA